CCUCCCCCAACCCAGGCCAAGUCUCCUCUUCAACCAUCCCCUUCCUCUCCCCCCCGGUCGUCCACCCCUCCCACCCCUCCCCCUCCAAAUCCCCACCCGUGACGCGGCGUCUUCUUCCUCUUGCCCCGUCCACUGCGCCCCGCCGCCGCAGCCGCGCCAUUUCGUCCAGUUCUUGAUCCGUGAUCCUGCCGUCGUCGCUCGCCCGGGGACUCGCCGCCGCCUGCCGCGUGGGGCUUGGACAAGCCGGGCCUGAAUCGCCGCCGGGCUCCGGCGCUACCCGCUGUUUUGUUCCGUCCGCCGCGGAUUCUGAGGUGGACAGAUCCUUGUGGUGGUCACUGGAUUGGGGCAGCUAGGAGGAGGUGCUGCCUUUGCUGGUGCCGGCGACAACGGCGGGCGGCGUUGAUGAAUUCGCGCCGGUCCAGGUCAGUCAAGCUCGUGUCGGCGCGCGCCAACAGGCCCCUCGAGGUGGACAUCGCCGAGGAGGAGGAGGAUCCCCGGAUGAGCUCCUCGGCCGACAACACCGUCUACUGCUGCAUCGCCAAGGGCCGCAAGGUCAUCUACUGCUACAACAGCAAGGACGGCGACCCGCAGAUGGAGGCCACCGCCGCGCUCUGCCUCGAGAACUCGCCGCCGCACCACCGGCAUUACAUCCACACCUCGGGCCCUAGGAGCUACGCCUACCUGAUGGCCGACGGCCACACCUUCUUCGCCAUCAUCGACCCCAGCGUCGGGAACGCCGGCGCCCUGCAGUUCCUGGAGCGCGUGCGGGACGUGUUCAGGAAGAACGCGAGCAGGAAUGGGUUCCAUGACUCGCUGGUGCCGGCUGUGCAGAGGCUGGUGGCGUCGCUGGAGAAGAUGCCCCAUGCCACGUUCGUCCUCGAGGAGUGCGCGGAGAGGGGAGGGUCGAAUGAGAGCUCCAGCUGCACGUCGUCGAAGGUGCCUCUGCUGGGGAAAAGUGGGAGCAGGAAGGAGAAGAAGAAGUCCAAGGAUAAGUUGGCGUCGGCAGGGGACGGCGAGGAUGAGCAUCAUGGGACUAGGGGAGUGAGGAUAGAUGUGGCGACAGAGGAGGUCAGCGGCAUGUCGCUGGAGCGGAGCUCGAGCCAGUCCAGGCUGCGACGGCAGCAGCCCUCACGGUCCUUGUGGAUGCGCCAUGUGAAGAUCAUCAUCAUUGUCGACGCCGUCAUCUGCCUGGUGUUGUUUGCUGCUUGGUUGGCCGUAUGCAAGGGCUUCCAAUGUGUUUCAGGGCGAUGAAACGGAAUCCUUGCAUCGACUGUGUACAGUUUUUGAGGAACUGAGGUGGCUCUGAAUGUGGUGAGGUUUGAUGUCUUCCUUAUUGGAAAGGUAAAUAUAAGGCAAGAGAAAUGUAUGUUGAUAUAGAGAUGAUGUGGUCAAAAAAGGCGGUGAACAUUGCGGCGGAUGCUACAAUUACCAAGUAACAGUGUGUUCAUGACCAGAUCAUGAAAAUGGAGGCCUGAUGUCUUGAACAUGUACAUAUGCUUCAUCCCUGUACAUGAGAAUUCAGUAGGAUUUUCUUCUUCUAGAUAUCGUGUCCCUGCGUGUGUGAUAUAUGAUUCCUUUGCUAAUAAUAGCUGUGCAGAUGAUGAUAUGAUAUAUACCUUGCUGACAGUAUAUGAGUCAA